AUUUUUGGUUGAUUCGCCAUUUUUGGUUUUUGUGUAAAAAUUUUUCUAAUCCAUUUUUGUGGGAUUCAUCAGCCGAAAUAAAAUUUUGGAAAAGUGUUCUUCUUUUACCAAAUUGUACGGAGAUUCUGGAUUUCAACGUAUUUUAUAAAGUUUUCUUCUAUCUUCUGUUUAAACCUCGAACAUCAGAGUUAACUCAUACAUAGGAUGUUCCACGCAAUCAAGAGGGGUUGAAAAGUCGAGUCCCUGGCAUUUUGAAUUCGGAAUUGGAAACCGAAUCUUAAAAAACCAGAAAAUUAAGGAGGAACGGUAAAUAUUUUCUGUUUCGUGAUUACCGAGUUUUCAUUAUUCAUUACUUUAAAAAAAAUGUUGGGAUUCUUUACGAAUUACUUACUUAUUUUGAUGAUAAUUACUGGACAUAAUCAAAUUUCCUGUGAGGAUGUAGAUUUAUAUUGGAGAGAUUAUAAUGGAACAAUUCCCUCAGAUGCGUACCCUGCAGGGAACGAUAUUUAUAUAGGCCAAACACUUAAUUUGCCACAUAUGCAAGAAGGAGGUCUUCUUCCUGGAGGGUUGUAUCCAGACCGACGUAAGCUUAUAGUUGAAGCACAUGGUAAAAGACAAGAACAUAACAAUAAUAUUAAAGUUUUAUGUACUUCUACACCAUAUUUACUAAAAUGGAGAUGGAUCAAUACGCGUGACUUGAAAUCAAAAUUGUGUGAGAAUUGCAUUGUAGGUGGAUAUGAAGUUGAACGUUUGCUGUUUAUCGGAAAAAUUUUUCACGACGGUGAAUGGAAAAUUGGAAAAGUAUUCCCACCCUCAAACGAGGGCCCUAGUCGCAAUGGAUUGAGAAUCUGGACUAAAGAUGGAAUAGCAUUUAGCGCAGAAGAUUUUCAGAUAUUAAUGAGCGUUAAUCAAACAGAAUUAUGUAAUGAAUGUCAUAUUUAGUAUUAAUUUCAUUUUAAACAAUACGUGCAUUUAUUUAAAAGAAAAUAAAAUUUGUAUCAAUUAUUAA